AUGGAUUUUUCAUCACAGGAGAGCAUAAAUGAUGAGGUGACCUGCCGCAUCUGCCUGCAGCUCCUGACAGAACCCCUGAGCCUGGACUGUGGCCACAGCUUCUGCCACACCUGCAUCACUGCAAACAAUGAAUCAGUGAGCCACCUCAGAGGGCAACACUGCUGUCCUGUGUGCAAGAGCACAUACGAGCCUUGGAACCUCCUGCCUAAUCAGCAGUUGGGCAACAUAGUGAAGGAAGUUGGGGAAAUCAACAUGUGGCAACCCCAGCAGCAGAGGAGCGAUCUCUGUGAGCACCAUGGGGAAAAUCGCCAUCUCUUCUGUAAGGAGAAUGGGAAGGCCAUUUGCAGCCUUUGUGUCCAGGAGCACCAAGGUCACCAAAUAUCCCUCGUGGAAGAGGUGGUCAAGGAAUGUCAGGAGAAGCUAGAGGCGGCUCUGGACAGGUUGACGCAGGAGCAGCUGGAAGUUGAGGAGUUGGAAGCUGUCAUCAAUGGAGAGAGAGCUACCUGGAAGAAUCACACGCAGGCUGAGACAGAGAGGAUUCGAAAAGGGUUUGAUGAAAUGAGAGACAUCCUGGACAGAGAGGAGCAAAGGGAGCUGCAAAAGCUGAGGGAAGACGAAGUGCAUGUGAUGGAGAACUUGGCAGUGGUGAGCCAGCAGAAGCAGUUCACAAGAGAGCUCAUCUCAGAUCUCCAACAUCAUAUGUGUGAAUUAUCUAUAGACACACUGCAGGAUAUGAUUAACACCUUAAAAAGGAGUGAGAUCUGGAUCUUGAAUAAGCCAAAAAUUGUUUCGAAGAAACUGAAGAGUGCAUUCCGAUGUCCAGAUCUGCCUAAGAUGCUGCAAGUGUUUAAAGAGCUGGCAGAAGCCCAAAGCUACUGGGUGAACUUGAGGCUGAAUCCUCUCAACAUGCUUUCGAAUAUUGUCAUUUCUGAAGAUCGGAGACAAGUGACAGUUGGGAGCUAUUUUAUGUUUGGGAAUGUAUAUCCAUGUGAUUUUUCUUCUUUUGAUGUCUUGGGCAGCCAAAAUUUCUCCUCAGGAAAAUAUUACUGGGAAGUUGAUGUAUCCAAGAAGAUUGCCUGGAUCCUGGGAGUAUACAGCAAAACAAGUAAUCUCAAUAGAAAAAAAAGCUCUGGGUUUGUUUUUAACCCAUAUACAAAUUACCCAAAUGCUUACACCAGAUUCAGACCUGAAAAUGGCUACUGGGUUGUAGGGUUACAGAAUGAAUCUGAGUAUAAUGCCUUUGAGGACUCUUCCACCUCUGAUCCCAAGGUCUUCACUCUUUUCAUGGCUGUUGCUCCACGUCGAAUUGGGGUUUUCCUAGACUAUGAAGCAAGGACUGUCUCAUUUUUUAAUGUCACAAACCAUGGGUCACUCAUCUACAAGUUCUCUAAAUGUCACUUUUCUCAGACUGUUUAUCCCUAUUUCAAUCCUUGUAACUGCCCAGCUCCCCUGACUCUGUGCCCACCAAGCUCCUGA